AUGGGUUGCUACCCGUCAAAGAGAAAUAAAAAUACACCGGGGUAUGAGGAUCCUACAGUUCUUGCUGCUGAAACACCCUUUACUGUUAGCGAAGUAGAUGCCUUAUACGAACUUUUUAAGAAAUUAAGCAGCUCAGUCAUUGAUGAUGGGCUUAUUCACAAGGAAGAACUUCAGCUUGCACUCUUCAGGAAUAAAAACAAGAGGAACCUUUUUGCAGACAGGAUUUUUGAUUUAUUUGAUGUCAAGCGCAAUGGAGUAAUAGAGUUUGGAGAAUUUGUUCGAUCUUUGGGCAUCUUUCAUCCAAAUGCGCCAGUUGAAGACAAGAUCCAUUUUGCUUUCAGAUUAUAUGAUUUACGGCAAACUGGUUUUAUUGAACGAGAAGAGUUGAAGGAGAUGGUAUUGGCGCUUCUGUAUGAAUCAGAUCUACUGCUGUCCGAUGAUGUCGUUGAAACAAUUGUGGACAAGACAUUUAGCGAUGCAGAUUUGAAAGGCGAUGGAAGAAUUGAUACAGAAGAGUGGAAAGAAUUUGUGUCAAAGAACCCUACUCUUAUAAAGAACAUGACGCUACCUUAUUUAAAGGAUAUAACCUUGGCGUUUCCCAGCUUCGUGUUAAGUACCGAAGUUGAAGAUUCAGAAAUGUCCUUGUCUUUGUGUCAAGCAAUGGCCGACCAAGAGAUAGAAGUCGGAGAUGGUUAUGAGGUCAUCUGUAAUUGUAACCAACAGUAUUGCAUAAUGGAUUCUGGUUAUGUGUUUCAGAUUGUGAGCCUCUGUUGCUUGCCAAUCCAUCUCCACGUUCCUUGUGAUAAUGGACUCUGCUUCUUGGUCUUACCACUUAAGUUGAGUUCUUACAUCACUGAACGAGAGGGAUUUCUGUUGACUCCAGCUAAGAUUCCAAAACCUGGCAAUUCUAGGUUAAAGGCUGCAGUUACUGUUAACGAAGUAGAGGCCUUACAUGAACUCUUUAAGAAAUUAAGUUGUUCGGUCAUCGACGAUGGAUAUAUUAACAAGGAAGAACUUCAGUUUGCACUCUUCAGGACCUACAAUAAGAAGAAUCUGUUUGCAGACAGGAUGUUUGAUUUAUUUGAUGUCAAGUGCAAUGGAGUGAUUGAGUUUGGAGAAUUCGUUCGAUCUUUAGGUGUCUUUCAUCCAAAUGCUCCCGUUGAAGAAAAGAUUCAUUUUACUUUCAGAUUAUAUGAUCUAAGGCAAACUGGUUUCAUUGAACGAGAGGAGUUGAAGGAGAUGGUAUUGGCCAUUCUUCACGAAUCGGAUCUGGAACUGUCAGAUGAUGUCGUUGAGAUAAUGGUUGAUAAGACAUUUAGUGAUGCUGAUACAGAAGGUGAUGGAAAAAUUGAUGCAGAAGAGUGGAAGGAAUUUGUGUCGAAGAAUCCUUCUCUCAUCAAGAACAUGACUCUACCAUAUUUAAAAGUCGGUACAGCUUAG